AUGGCUUUAGAACAUAUCAAAAUCUUUCUCAUUGUCUCUCUAGUUUCAUCCUUCUAUUUAUCAAUCACUCUUUCUCGCCCUCUCGACGAUGAACUCAUCAUGCAAAAGAGGCAUGACGAGUGGAUGGCCGAACACGGCCGUGUUUACAAAGAUAUGAACGAGAAAAACAAUCGCUACGUUGUGUUCAAACGUAACGUAGAACGCAUUGAAGGCUUAAACAACGUUCCCGCCGGAAGAACGUUUAAACUCGCGGUGAACCAGUUUGCUGACCUAACCAACGAUGAAUUUCGUUCUAUGUACACUGGUUACAAAGGAGACUCGGUGUUGUCUAGCCAAAGUAUUAAAAAAUCGACGUCGUUUAGGUACCAAAACGUUUCUUCUGGUGCUUUGCCGAUUGCUGUUGAUUGGAGGAAGAAAGGAGCUGUGACUCCUAUCAAGAAUCAAGGCAGCUGCGGAUGUUGUUGGGCUUUUUCAGCGGUUGCGGCUAUAGAAGGAGCAACACAGAUAAAGAAAGGAAAACUUAUUUCUUUGUCUGAACAACAGCUUGUCGACUGCGACACAAAUGAUUUUGGCUGCAGCGGCGGUCUAAUGGAUACUGCGUUUGAACACAUAAUGGCCACUGGCGGCUUAACCACAGAAACAAAUUAUCCUUACAAAGGCGAAGACGCCACUUGCAAGAUCAAGAGCACUAAACCAACAGCAGCUUCUAUCACAGGCUAUGAGGAUGUCCCGGUCAACAACGAGAAAGCUCUAAUGAAGGCGGUGGCACACCAACCGGUUAGCGUUGGAAUUGAAGGAGGUGGUUUCGAUUUCCAAUUCUACUCCUCUGGUGUGUUCACCGGAGAGUGCACAACUUAUCUUGAUCACGCGGUGACUGCGGUUGGAUACAGCCAGUCUUCCAACGGAUCUAAGUAUUGGAUCAUCAAAAACUCAUGGGGAACAAAAUGGGGAGAAGGUGGAUACAUGAGGAUUAAAAAAGAUGCCAAGGAUAAAGAAGGACUAUGUGGUCUUUGCCAUGAAAGCUUCUUACCCAACUAUAUGAAAAGCCGAAAGCAACAGGAUGUGAAAAUGGAUUGUAGUGGAUAA